AUGGAUAACGUCGGCUGGCAUGCUCAUAGGCGUGCUCAAAAAGAGGAGGAAUACUUUACCUCUCCACGCAGAGGAGCCGAUGGAAGGUUCACUCCAGUCGAACAAGUCAGGCCUAUAGAUGAACAGUUCAUUGGAGGUUUCCUCCCACCUCCGUCUCCCGGUCCUCCUCCGUUACCAGCGAAAGAUGACAUUUAUAAUGAUCCUACAUUUCGCCUUCCGGAUGAAAUCAAGAGCCAAAAGUCAGUCUCAUCAAGCCAGUUGUCGCGUCUUUCAGCGGUGGAGAGGUCAAGAAUCUUACGUGUAGCGCGAAUGGAGCCCCAUCUAAUGUUUAUGGUCGGACCGCUGCUAAAGUAUGAUACUACUGAUGAACACGGAAUUUGGCACGGUGCUCUCCUCAUCGUCACCGCCGACUCUAGCUCAACAUAUGAACCGCAUCCCACUUUAACCUAUCAAUACGACCCCGAUAAACUUACGCGACACCACAAAAGAAAAACUUUUGAAGGGAAAUCCUUCGAUCUGGGCCCGCACCCUGCAGAUCCUCAUUCAACAUCGUUGUCGCUUUCUGCUAGUCAAAUUAAUGGGCACGCCUCUUCCGGUCCAAACUUCACUUCUGAACAAUCCCCUGCUCAGGAAAUCUGGGUAUAUCCUGGAGCUGGAGGAACUUUUACAUUCUGGCGUUUCAUGAUCCACAUACCUCUGGGACCAAACGAGAUGCAGGUCGCGUAUUCCAUCAACCAUGGGCAGCAACUUCACUUUUUUGUUCCGGGUAGAAACCAAAACAUGAGAUGGGCUAGUUACUCGUGCAAUGGAUUCUCUGCCGGCGUAAACCCUGAUGACUUUCGAGGACCGGGUUUUCAGAGUGGGUUCGAUCCCUGCUGGUUAGACCUACUGGCGCACCACCACGAAGAACCUUUCCAUGUCCUCGUAGGUGGUGGUGAUCAGUUAUAUUGUGACGGGCUCACUCGUGAACCUGAGCUUCAAGAAUGGGUUGCAAAGCUGAAACCGGAAGAAAAACAAAACUAUCAGCUUACGGAUGAGAUUUUAGAGGCCAUAGAUCGCUUCUACUUCAAUCACUAUUGCCAGGUAUUCCGAUCUGGCGCUUUCGCUAGAGCGAAUUGCUCAAUGCAAAUAGACGGAUUUGGUAGCUAUCCUGAUGACCUCCAGAACUCACCUAUUUUUCGAACAAUUGGAACAAGAGGCUAUUUCUUCUUCCUCCUCUUCCAGUGUUUCAUCAAUGUCGACGUUGAUGGUGUCGAUGACAAAAAUCAUAUCAACAGGUCAAUUAUCAUAGGUGCACCGGGACCAUACGUGGGAUUUCCAUCACAUUCAUUUUUGGGAUAUCUGGGUCCACAGACUUCUAUCCUUCUGCUGGAUUGCAGAGCUGAGAGAAAAAAGGAUCAAGUGUGCAGCCCAUUGGAAUACGAAAAGGUUUUCGCGCGCUUGCAUCAACUACCUUCUACGGUCGAGCAUCUAGUUGUUCAAAUAGGCAUACCUAUCGCCUACCCACGUAUGGUGGCAUUGGAAAAAAUUCUGGAAUCUAAAUACAACCCGUUAGUCGCUCUUGGGAGAAAUGGCUCACUUGGCCUUUCAGGAUUUGUUAACAAGUUCAAUGCCGAAGCUGAACUUCUGGAUGAUCUGCAAGAACGGAAUUGGUUCGUCAGUCAGUUACAAGAAUUUGCAAAAGUGAAACAUAUACGAGUCUCGUUCCUCUCGGGAGAUGUUCAUUGUUCGGCCGUGGGCGUGUUUAAAAGCUUGAAAGACAAAAACAAUCCCGAGGUGCCAUCCCCUAUGGAUUAUCGUUAUAUGCUCAACGUCGUCACUAGUGCCAUUGUGAAUACACCUCCACCAGGAGGUGUCAUAAAACUGGUUGCUUCGUUGGCAGGAAAGACGCACAAAACCAUGCACAAAUCACAAACGGAUGAGACAAUGUUGCCUCUUUUUGCCAAGGACCCUGAUGGUAGUAAUCGUGGUCAGAAAUACAUAAUGGGUCGUAGAAACUGGUGCAUAACGACUUACGAUGAAUCGACUGGUGAUCUUAGUUUUGACAUUCGCGUUGAGAUCGAGAAGGGUAUUGGCCGAACUCAAGGCUACAUGGUUCGAACACCUCCGCCUCGUUGGGAACGUAGCUCAGCAGCAACUUUAUCAACUUCACCUCUUUAA